GGCUCAUUAUAAUAUCCCAGAGAAGGAGCUCUACUCCCAGCCUCGGAUCUCCGCCCCACUCUCAGUCAUCUUGACUACAGCUCGGAGCCCGGAUGCGCCGCCAUGCCGACUCUAUCAGCGAGCGGAGUAAUGUAUUCACCAACCUGACCGACACUGGGCGAGUGGGAGUUCACCGAAGAAGUCGACAGGACACUUUGGAGGGCAGAGCAGGCUUAUCCGCGGACAGACUUGCAGGAGGACCGCUUCGCUGUGUUUACUGGCGUGUUCGCGUCGCCUGCCACGGGUGUGUUGAUGUUGGACUCUUGGAGCUAGCUGCUAACGUUAGCAUCAGAGAGUGCGCGGCAGUGACAGUCCGGCCGGAGGCGGGGAGCACCGAGAGAUCCAGAAGAAAUUCCAUGUCUGCACCAGCCCUGAAAACCAAAAGAGAUGUCUGUUGAUGAGGAUACUGUAAAAACGGGCAGUCCACAGGCCAGCUCUACUUCAGCUCUGCAGCUCUCAGAAUGUACUGGAGGUUACAGCAACAUUUCUGUCAUGGUGGAGGGUACCGCAGCCACUCCUGAUUUUGCAGCUGCUUGUCCAGUCUCAGACACUGAAGCCUCAACAAAACACACCAUCGUGACUGAAGCGCUCUCCCAAUCUGACGAUGCUGGACAGGGAGCGAGAGCUAACGAGAAUAACAUAAAUCCCAGGAACAGCUUUCAUCAUUCCAAACAACCGCAACAAACAAAACUAACAAAGCGCCGCAACACAGCGGCCUCUAGUUUCAAGCAUCCGACAUCUGGCAAGAGGAGACGGAGGGCCAAUUCUGAGAGUGACUCCGUCCUGCCUACCAACUUCCUCCUGGGUGGGAACAUUUUCGACCCACUGAAUCUGAACAGCCUGCUCGAUGAGGAGGUCAACAGGGCCCUGAAUGCAGAGACGCCCAAAUCUUCCCCGCUGCCUGCGAAGAGUAGAGAUCCCGUGGAGAUCCUCAUCCCCAGAGACAUCACAGAUCCUCUGAACCUGAAAAGCGGGCUAGCAGAAGGCAGUGUUUUGGUGUCCCCCUUCAGGAUUGGUGGCAGGAAGAGACACCGCAACAGACACCAUGGAGGAGGAGGAGGAGUUGGAGGUGUGGGAGCUGCUAGUGGGAUUGCAACCACACAGGUUAACCUCUCAGAAUCAGGAAAAAGUGAGGUUAAAACGGCCACCUCAGCAGCCCCGCUGCCAGGUACGUUAGCCACAUGUUCUGCACCAGAUGUCUCCAAAGAGUCCAACAGUUUCUCUAGUGUCCCCGAGGAUUCACACGAGCAGUCAGCUGACAUCUCUGCCAGCAGCAAGGAGGAGAUGACAUCUGUAUCUUUAGAGGAUUGCACAUCCGCCUUAUCAGGGGCACCGAACCAGCACACGAGCAGACGCAAACGCAGGCGCACCUCUGGCAAAAUGGAGGCCCCUGUGACUCAUUCUACCCCCCUUGGAAAGUCAGGAUCUGGAGACAGAAGUUGUGGAACGGGGGGGUCGAGAAAUCCCCAAUCCUUCCACACACCAAGGAGUGGGGCAAAACCAGGGCCAGGAGGUCGCCAGCACCAGCAGCCUCACAACCAGGCGAAGGAGCAACAAAAGAAGAAGUUCCAGUAUGGGAACUACAACAAGUAUUAUGGCUACCGCAACCCAGGCGCCAGCGAAGACAUCCGGGUACGGGUGCUUCGCCCAGAGUGGUUUGAAGGUAAAGAGGUUCUGGAUUUGGGUUGCAACUCAGGCCAUCUUACACUCUAUAUUGCCAAAAUGCUAAGACCUGCCCGAAUAUUGGGCGUGGACAUUGACAAUGGACUGGUACAUGCAGCCCGGAAGAACAUCAGACAUUAUCUGUCUGAGAUGCAGACCCAAGAGGCCAGGCAUGCAACGCAGGAGAAAAAGAGCACUAAGCAGGAGGAGAGGAAUGGGAAAGAGAGUCUCACAGGCUCUGAGAAGAAGCACAAUGAAGCUGAAGGCAGGGAGGAAAACGGGAAGCCAGCGAAAGGACAAAGUGGCCCUGCAGAGGCUGCAAGUGACAAUGGCUCCUGUCGCACAGAUGAGGCAGGGACCCAGAGGCAGGGCGGCAAAACAGAGGAAAUGGACCAGGAAGAUUGUGAUCCGUCCCCCGCUGAUCACUCGGUGAGCUGCUCUUUCCCUGUGUCCCUGCGGAUCACCAGGGGGCCCAUCGCUGCACCUCCUCUGACAGAAUCCUCCACCACCCGGCCCGGGGAGUUCCCCUCAAAUGUGUCCUUUGUCAAGGCCAAUUACGUACUGGAGAACGACAAUCUUCUCUUGACUCAGCGGCCGGAGUACGACGUGAUCAUGUGCCUGAGCGUCACCAAAUGGGUUCACCUGAACUGGGGGGACGGAGGCCUCAAGCGGCUGUUCAAGAGGGUCUACAGACACCUCCGUCCGGGGGGCAUGUUCAUCCUGGAGCCACAGCCCUGGGAGUCCUAUGUGAGGAGGAAGAAGCUGACGGAUAACAUAAACAAGAAUUUCCAAAGCAUCCGCCUCAGACCUGACCAGUUCCCAUCAUACCUUACAACAGAGGUGGGCUUCACCAGCUCUGAGUACCUUGGGGCCCCCAAGUGCUCAAUGAGAGGUUUUCAGAGGCCGAUGUACUUGUUUCACAAAUGACCACUCCUGCCUUGAAGAUCAUUGAAUGUGAGUAACCUAGGCCACCACCAUGCAUACCAGCCAGCUGCCCUGGACUGCAAGGAAUCAUCUGAAUCCUUAACAGAUACUCCAGCUUUUUAGAUGACGAUGACAUUUCAGAAAGGACCAAGAGUAAAAAUAACAUUCUUAAGGAGCCGUGGAGGCAAAGCACCCAUCUGAACAGAAUACUCCAGGACAACGAAAGCAUGGAGUGAACUUAACUAUGUUCAACCUGGAGACAAACAUCAUCACUUGUCCAGACUGUGGAAAGGUGCUCGUAUGAUCAUUUCCUCGCACUGAUUGCUAUUGAGGCUCCAGUUUGAUGCACGGCUAUAAUGUGUUUGAAAGUCUUUGGCCUUUAAUCUGUUUUUUUCCUCAUCUGUGCCACCACAUCACAAUACAUUAUACAAAUUAGGGUUGGGCGAUAGAGUAGACAUUUCCAAUUGGCCACCGUUACAAAUUGAACUUCCAUUUGAUGCUGUAUUCAACAUAUUUGCUCCAUGUGAACGUAUGUGGCUCAACAGCAGUACAGCACUGGAUUAAGAAGCCAUGACACUGACAUGAAGUCUCCUUAUAAAGCCACGCUUGAGUGCAGGUAAUGUGUUUAUGCCGUGCAGACUAUCAGUGAAUGAAGCACCAAAUUGCUGGGUCUUUUGCAGCUACCGAUGCCAUAGAAAUUGUGCUUUAAGUACAUCAUGUUUACAUCCUUGAAUCCCCUUUGGGGCGGACAUGCAAAUAUCUUUGGUGCAUUAAAAACAGCCUGACAAAUUCCCCCAGUGCUAGAUUCAGUCUAUAGUUGCUGUAUUUUUCCUCAUCUUCCAACCCUAAUAUCAAGUUUGUUUUGUCUUUUUCUAGCAAAUUAGGCCUAAGGGCUGAAUACAUUUAUUUUGUAACAGAGCUGUGAAAUGUCCACAUUUUGAAAGGGACUAUAUGAAAAGCUCCUAAAUUGCACAAACCUAAGUCACUAUGAAGUGAAAAGGGGCUCGUCUUAGUGAUAAAGACAACAAUGCACAAUGAGAGAGGUGCGUUUUGAAACAGCCAAAACAUCCAGAAAGACGGUGAAUUCUUUCCCAGUGAACCGCCAAGACAUUUUUCUGUAGGGACGGUCAUUUAUUUUAAAAGUUUCAUGAUUUAUUGUCGUCAUCAAUUAGAUUCUGUCAUUACAACAUGGAGACAGUACAUCGUUUUAGUAUGUCUGCUAACACUGAAGAGUUCUGGCUGUUUUUUAAUGUAAACUUUCUCCACUCUGUCAGGUGUCAUGUUCCUGAGAGUUUGUUCUGUUUAGGAAGCAGCAUUUGUUCAUGCUCCAUCCUAAUGGUAGGGGGCACAUUUGAGCUGGGAUCGCUCAAGAUAAUUCAGCAGAGACCACAAGGUCUAUUUUCAUUGAUCUGUUGCAUGCAGUGAUCUAUUUUUGUUAAUACUUGUUGCCCUAACUUUUUUCUCCAUGUUGUUUACCAUGUCUAUAAUGACCAAGAGCUUGACUAAGUGUAAAAUAUAAGGCAAGAGGGUCUUCUAAAGCGUCUUCAAUGCUGUCAAUAUUCGACAGACUCAUUGUUUCAUCAUCAUCAUCAUCAUCAUCACUAAUGGACAGGCGUUAAUUCAAACAGCAUCAGAAUAAAUGUCCAGCUCUUGAGUUGGACUCACCUUCUUGAACAAAAACUGACAUUUGUAGAAAAAAAGAUUACUUCAAAGAAUGAAAUAUAUCCACAGGAAUUUUUUUUACCAAAUUGAAAUAUGAAUAUGCUGUUUGUAUUGAAGCACUGCCAAUAUAUUUUAUGGGUCUUUUCUCUUGAAUUUUACAAAAUAUGCCAUCAUCGUCUUGGUCGAAUGAGGAGAGUUAUUAGUUUCAGGUAGCCGGUCUUUGUGAUUGUAUCUACUGAAGUGCACUGAGCACCUCUCAUCUACAACCUUUCAGUCACACUGGCUGGGACUGAAGAAUCUUCCUGUUUUUUAAACUGGAUUCAUUUCAGAUGUUGGCGUAUUAGAGUAGGAGAUGAUGGAGAAGAUGGAUGAUGUGUUUCUAUUUUAGUAAGUGAUCAAUGUAAAUAUGUUCGCAAUUUUUGUUUUAUUGUUGUCAAUAUUAAGUUCAUAUCUGCUUUUGGCGAUUUCCAGUAUGUUUUUUUUUUUUGUGUUUUCAAAUGUUUGCUGCCAAUUUAUUGUGAUUGAGUCAGAGUUUUUGUCCUGAAACAGACCGCUAAUCCUGCUCUGUAACAUCAUAUGAAUAUGUACAUUGCUAAAUUCUGAUGUGUUCGCUUUGUUUCUGUCCUGGCAGGCACAUGGAUUGUUAGAUUGGCUCUUUAUUUUUUUAUAAACGGUUUGAAAGCAG